CAUUAUAAAAAGAGACGCAGAGCCGACGAUUCCGAUUCUCCCACCACUACCUCCCACCCUCUCUCUCUCUCCUCUUUUCUCCAUUCUGUAGAGAGAGAGUGUUGUUUCUUUCCCGAGAAAAUAAACAAGAAAAAAGUUUACGCAGGGCGGCAAUCCGUUCGUCUUCUACACCAAAACGCUCUGUCUUAGUUCAACCGUCAAUGCACCACAACCAUUUUCUCUAUCACUAACUUCUCUAUCUAUUUCCGAUCGAUUCAAGCCUGCAUUACGCAAUUCAGACAAAAACUUGCGUCUUUUCGAUGGCUUUGUUCUCGAAUUGCUUCCUUCUUGUUCUUCUGAUCGUUUCCAGAGGGGUAAUUUCGGUAUCGGGAGCUACAUUCACGUUCAAAAACAAGUGUGAUUUCACGGUGUGGCCUGGAAUUCUCGCCAGCGCCGGCAGUCCUAAGCUGGACAGCACCGGCUUCGAGCUCGCGAAGGGAAGUUCGAGAGUUUUCCAGGCUCCGACCGGCUGGUCUGGCCGGUUCUGGGGCCGGACCGGCUGCAACUUCGACGGCUCGGGCCGGGGCUCGUGCGCGACAGGCGAUUGCGCCCCCGGCGGGCUCGAGUGCAAUGGCGCCGGCGCCACGCCGCCGGCGACGCUCGCCGAGUUCACGCUCGGCUCGGGAUCGCAGGACUUUUAUGACGUCAGCCUCGUCGACGGUUAUAACCUCCCGAUGGUCGUGGAAGGGAUCGGGGGAUCGGGCGCGUGCGCGUCCACGGGGUGUGUCGUGGACCUCAACAGGGGGUGCCCGACGGAACUGAGGGCCGACGGCGGUGGAGCGUGCAAGAGUGCGUGCGGCGCGUUUGGGACGGAUGAGUACUGUUGCAGCGGCGCGUAUAAUACACCGGCGGCGUGUAAGCCGUCGAUGUACUCGCAGCUGUUCAAGUCGGCGUGCCCCAAGUCGUAUAGCUACGCUUUUGAUGAUGCCACGAGUACUUUUACGUGUAGCGGCGCUGACUAUACCAUCACAUUUUGCCCUUCUCUUCCAAGUCUGAAAUCCUCAAGGGAUUCCUCACCGGUGGCAACUGGAACCACAAUCGGCGGGUCGGGGUCGGGGUCGGGGUCGGACUCGGGAACAAUUCAGCAGGCUUCAUUUGCUAGUUCAUGGCUAGCCAAUUUGGCAACCGGGGAUGCAAUCAGAACACGUCCUUUAGCCUUUGAGACAGCUAUUGUUUUGGUGGUGUCUUGGAUUCUCUCAUUUUUGCACUUGUGAUAGUUACUAAAGUAAAGUCCCAUAAUUCUCCACUUGAGGUAACUCUUUAGAGGCAUACAGGAAGAGUGAAACGUCACUAUGACCUGGGUAGUGCCUGGUCAUGAGAAAAAUUGACAGAGAAUCAAGAUUGUAAACCGCCCAUUUCCAAGUCCGACAUAAUUUAAUGUUCCAAUCAUAGAUAAAAUAUAGUGCAAGUGUAAGCAUAUUGUUUUAGAAAUAGAAUAAUCCCCCGAUUCUCGUACACAAAAGGCUACUUUACUGAUAUGAUCAAGCAGGAUUGGAUUGUUUUCCAGAAAAGAAAAGAUGUGUGCAAUUUUUUUUUUUUUUUUAAGUCUUUUGUCUCUGUUUACUAGGAAAGUGGAAAAAUGAAGUAAGAUGAUGGUAAAGCUAAGUGGGACACGUGAAGAUUGGUUUUGUGUUUUA